UGUUUGCAGAAGUGAGGACAAAAGGAGCAGACCUCAUGUAUAAAGGGUCCAUUUUCCAUGGAAAUGGGGAGUGUGUAAAUAGGCAAAGAAGAGAGUCUAGGUCUCAUUUUUAAAAUGUGGAACAUAUGAUUUAUAUUUUUCAAGAACAUUUGCAUGUCUUUUUUGCAGAAAAGGAGCUUCAAAGGAUUCGAGUUGAUUUUGUGGAAAGGAUGUCACCAGAAAUGUUGAAUCAGCUCCUUGAUGGCCUAGAAGCAGAUGGUGUCUUCAAUAGCCUGGAAAAAGAGGCAAUAGCUGAGAAGAACCAAACCACAGCUGAUAGGGCCCGCAAUCUUAUCGAUGAUGUAAGAAAAAAAGGAGAAAAGGCCUGUUUACUGAUGAUAGAACACUUUCACAACAAAAAUUCUACACUUGCCUCUCAUCUAAGUUUGCCAUUUCGUCAAUUUGCUUUAAAAGAGACUCUUAACAAGUGUCAUUCUAAACUCAAGUCUAAAUUAAAGAAGAAGUUCAAGUGUGUGUUUGAGGGAAUUGCUAUAGCAGGAAAAUCAGCCUUCCUAAAUCAGAUCUACACAGAUCUCCACAUCACAGAGGGAGACAUCGGAGAGGUUGAUAAUGAACAUGAGGUCAGACUGAUUGAAUCAGCAUCCAGGAAACCACACAGACCAGAAAUACCAAUAAAAAAAGAAGACAUCUUUAAACUCCGACCUGGAAAAGAUGAACCAAUCAGAACAGUCCUGACAAAGGGAGUGGCUGGCAUUGGGAAAACAGUCUUAACACAGAAGCUCACUUUGGACUGGGCUGAAGACAAAGCCAACCAGGACAUCCACUUAACAUUUCCAUUCACUUUCAGAGAGCUGAAUACAUUGAAAGAGGAAAAGUUCAGCUUGGUGGAACUUCUUCAUCACUUCUUUAAUGAAGCCAAAGAAAUUUGGAACUUUGAAGCGUACCAGGUUUUGUUAAUCUUUGAUGGCCUGGAUGAGUGUCGACCUCCCCUGGAUUUCAGCAAGGCUAAAAUUGUAACUGACCCAAAACAAUCUAUGUCAGUGGAUGUGCUGCUGAUAAACCUCAUCAGGGGGAAACUGCUUCCCUCUGCUCGUCUCUGGAUAACCACAAGACCUGCAGCAGCCAGUCAGAUACCUGCUCAGUAUGUUGGCAUGGUGACAGAGGUUAGGGGAUUCACUGAUGCACAAAAGGAGGUUUACUUCAGAAAGAGGUUCAAAAACGAGGCACUGGCCAGCAGGAUCAUCUCCCAUAUCAAGACCUCACGAAGCCUCCACAUCAUGUGCCACAUCCCAGUCUUCUGCUGGAUCACUGCUACAGUUCUGGAGGAUGUCUUGAAAACCAAAGAGGGAGGAGAGCUGCCCAGCACCCUGACUGAGAUGUAUAUUCAGUUCCUGGUGGUUCAGACCAAAGUCAAGACCAUUAAAUAUGAUGGAGGAGCUGAGACAGAUUCACAUUGGAAUCCAGAGAGCAGGAAGAUGAUUGAGUCUCUGGGAAAACUGUCAUUCAAGCAGCUGCAGAAAGGAAACCUGAUCUUCUAUGAAUCAGACCUGACAGAGUGUGGCAUUGAUGUCAAAGAAGCCUCAGUGUACUCAGGAGUGUUCACAGAGGCCUUUAAGGAAGAGAGAGGAGGGCUGUACCAGAACAAGGUGUUCUCCUUCAUCCAUCUGAGUGUUCAGGAGUUUCUGGCUGCUCUUCAUGUCCAUUUGACCUUCAUCAAUUCUGGGGUCAAUUCGAUGGGAAGGAGACUGCAAAUACCAUCAAGAAAUAGAACAAACCUUUUCAAGCUCCAUCGUAGAGCAAUAAACAAGGCCUUAUGUAGUCCAAAUGGACACCUGGACUUGUUCCUCCGGUUCCUCCUGGGUCUUUCACUGCAGACCAAUCAGAGUCGCCUACGAGGCCUGCUGACACAGACAGGAAGUAGCUCACAGACCAAUCAGGAAACAGUCCAGUACAUCAAGAUGAAGAUCAGUGAGAAUCAGUCUGCAGAGAAAAUCAUCAAUCUGUUCCACUGUCUGAAUGAACUGAAUGAUCGUUCUCUAGUGGAGGACAUCCAACAAUCUCUGAGUUCAGGAAGUCUCUCCACAGAUAAACUGUCUCCUGCUCAGUGGUCAGCUCUGGCUUUCAUCUUACUGUCAUCUGAAAAGGAUCUGAAUGAGUUUGACCUGAAGAAGUAUUCUACUCAAAAGGAGAUCCUUCUGAGGCUGCUGCCAGUUCUCAAAGCCUCCAAAAAAGCUCUACUCUCUGGCUGUGGACUCUUAGUGAGUCACUGCGAAGUCCUGGUUAAGGCUCUGAAGUCCAGCACCUCCCAACUGACAGAACUGGACAUGAGUCUUAAUACCUUGCACGAUUUGGGAAUGAAGAUUCUCUCUGCUGGACUGCAGAGUCCAAAUUGUAAACUGGAGAAGCUGAGUCUGAAAAGGUGCGGUUUGUCAAAGACCAGCUGUUCUUUUCUGGGCACAGCUCUGAAGUCAAACCCCUUCCAUCUGAAACAUCUGGACCUGAGUACCAACAACCUGCAGGAUGCAGGAGUGAAGCAGCUGUGUGGUUUUCUGGAAAGUCCAGGAUGUGGACUGGAGACUCUGAUUUUGAAGAGCUGCAGUUUAUCAGACAUCAGCUGUUCUUCUUUGAGCUCAGCUCUGAAGUCCAACCCCUCCCACCUGAGAGAACUGGACCUGAGUCACAACAAGCUGCAGGAUUCAGGAAUGACUCAGCUGUGUGGUUUUCUGGAGAGUCCAGACUGCAGCCUGGAGAGUCUGAGGUCAGACAUGUUUAUUAUACGCUGCAGAUGA